AUUUCUGGCUCCUUAAAAAAAGCUAUAAAAAAAUGAGAGCAGUUCUCGACUUCUCGUUCCUAUUCUUUUCCUCUUGUUUCUUCUCCUCUGCUCUAUUGCCAGCUAAUUUCAUCUGUUGGUCUUCUCCUUGUUAUUCCGUCUUCGUCUGUCCUCUUCCUCCAUUGAGGGCUCUCCAAAAGCUCCUUCCUCUCUUCUAAUAUCACAAGGAGAUGCCUCCCAGAGGCUAUGUUUUGGUCUUUUUCUUCUGGGCUCUGCUCACCGUCAUCACCCCAACUCUCAUCUUUUGGUCAGCAUCAGCCAAGCCCAAUCUGGAUUCUCAAGGAGAGUUUAGGAAUGAAGUGAGGACCAGGAGAAUGAUGGGUUCUAUAGAGAACGGCUACAAAAAGAAUACUACAACUACUACUACUACUACAGCAACAACAACACAAGCACCCGCACAGGCACCGGGGCCGGCACCCAUGACAGGGAAUGAAACACGGAGAGUUUGUCUUUGGACAAGGCUUGGGUGGCAUUUGCAAGCUAUCCAGAUCCCCUUGCAGCAUCUCAAUGACUUUGCCCAUGGAUGGGCGAUCGGGCGACUUCAUCUGAAUGCACCAUAAACCCUUGUCGAGCGAGUUGAUCAUGUAUCCAAGGAGGGAUAGUAUAUCUGGGCUCGAAUUCUCCGCUCUUGGAUCCACAUCCCUUCUCCUCCCUGCCAUCUCCAUUAGUAACGUUCCACAACAACGAACAUCAGAUUUCUCAGAUACGACCCCAACGUUCCUAUUGUCCCCCUGGCAGCACUUACGGACACUAGGCAUCAUCCUUUCGAUACAACUUUGCAGGCCCAAAAUCUGGUAUCAUUGGCAUGAAAUUAUGGUCUAGGAGGAUGCUGUGGGGCUUGAUGUCAAAGUGUAGAAUUUGCAUAUCCCAUCCCUGAUGAUUGAUGCCUCAAGCUACUCCCAAGGCUAUAUCAGGGAGUUUAUCCCGAGUGAAGGGACGAUGACUUGUUUCAUUUGAGGAGAAGAUGUACUCAUCAAGUGAUCCAUUAGGCAUGUACUCAUAGAGGAGAGCCCUCUUCAAUCCCUCUAAGCAGAAUCCAAUGAGCUGCACAUAUGGUUCUCACUUUUUUCCAGGCUGCGUUUGGCUCAUGGAUUGAAAAAUAUAAUAGAAAAGAAAAGUUUGUUCCUUUCCGGUAGGGUGGGAAAACGAUAAAAAAUGAUGGAGCCUGGAUAAAGUUAUUCCAGUUCCUUCUUGAAAUUUUUGAUCUAGAAAUAAACAGAUUUGAUGGGAAUAAUAACUAUUCGUCCCAGUAAGAGCAUUAAAACCCCUAUCUCCUGUAAAUAUCUCUCCUUGUCAAUACUGUCCUGCUUUCACUCUCUUCUCUCAAUAAAAGUUCGGGGA